AUGUCCGACCAGGAUUUGAGGAACGCAAUUCUCCGGCUCACUGAACUGGUAGCUAGCCAACAAGAGCAGAUUCAACUUCUCAACCGAACCGGUCAAGCCAACCAACCGGGAAGUGAGAAAAUCAUCGAAUCGUUGGCCACGGGAAUUGAAGACUUCUACUACGAUCCUGACGGUGGAGUGUUUUUCGAUGCAUGGUUCGCGCGCUACGAGGAUAUCUUCAAGGUUGACGGCAAGAAUCUGGACGAUCCGGCGAAGGUGAGGCUACUCUUGAGGAAGAUCGGCACCAAGUUCCAUGAGCGGUACGUAAACAGUAUCCUGCCAAAGCAUCCCCGCGAUUUCGGCCUGGACGACACGGUGAAGCAACUUAAGAAGCUUUUUGGCCGCCAAACCUCGCUGUUUAACGAUCGCUACCGUUGUCUACAAUAUGUCAAGAACGAAGCAGACGAUUUUUCAAGUUACGCUGCCUCUGUGAACAAGCACUGCGAAGCAUUCCAGCUGACCAAGCUCACCGACGACCAAUUCAAGGCACUACGUUUUGUUUGCGGUCUACAAUCUCCCCGCGAUGCAAACAUCCGAACUCGAUUGAUCGGUAAGUUAGAAGCUGAAGAGCAUGCUCCGCCAGCAGACGGCACGAAGCUCACACUGGAAAAUCUCGUCAAGGAGUGCCAUCGGUUUAACAAUCUGAAGCAGGACACCAAGAUGGUAGAGAAACCCGUUCCGGAAAAAUCCGUCGUCAACGCCGUUUCUACCAAGCCUGCUAAGAAGAAGCAACCGAAAUCUCCGUGCUGGUUCUGCGGUGAUUUACACUUUGUGAAGGAAUGCCCCUAUCAAGACCACAGCUGUAGCAAGUGCAAACGGAAGGGGCAUAAAGAAGGUUACUGCUCAUCCGUGGAAUUAAAACCGAAGUCUGCAAAGAAAUUCGAAAAAACGAAAUCCAAGGAAUAUGUGAAGUCCAAAGGAAUUUCGGUGAAACGCAUCGAUCUCCAAGGGAAGAGGAAAUACGUUACCGUCGGAAUCAAUGGCAACGAUUCUGUUCUCCAGUUGGAUUGCGCUUCCGAUAUCACGAUCAUUUCUACGCAAACCUGGAAGGCGAUCGGAAAACCAGCCAUCAGCGAAACUGAAAUCACCGCCAUCAGCGCUUCCGGAAAUAAGAUCGACAUGACUGGCUACGUGUCAUCAAGCUCCGAUUUGGAUGUCCUCGGAAUUGAAACAAUCGACCUAUUCGAUCUGUGGUCAAUUCCAUUCAGCUCGCUGGUUAAUGCUAUCCAUCAUAAACCGGAAGACACUGAGCAAAAGCUGCGUACGAAGUUUCCUGAAGUGUUCCAGAGUACACUAGGCCGGUGCUCCAAAGCGAAGGUUAAACUCUACCUGAAGCCCGACGUCCGUCCAGUGUACUGUCCAAAGAGGCCAGUUGCAUAUGCUGCCCUUCCAAAGGUGGAUGCCGAACUUCAACGUCUUCAAGACAAGGGAAUAAUCUCACCAGUGAAGUUUUCCGACUGGGCAACCCCGAUAGUCGUGGUCCGGAAGUCAGACAACGUUUCCGUCCGUAUCUGCGGCGACUAUUCUACAGGGUUGAACAACGCACUAGAAUCAGAUGCCCAUCCGCUUCCGCAUCCAGAUGAUGUUUUUGCUGAUCUGGCUGGCUGCCGGUAUUUCUCCCAACUCGAUCUAUCUGAUGCGUACCUGCAAGUCGAGGUUGAGGAGGAAUCUCAGAAGUAUCUAACGAUCAACACUCACCGUGGACUGUUCAAAUACAACCGUCUGCCGCCUGGAAUCAAGUCCGCUCCUGGUGCGUUCCAAAGGAUUAUCGAUAGCAUGGUCGCUGGUAUUCCUGGAGUGAAACCGUAUCUGGAUGACAUCAUGAUUGCCGGUAGGACAAAGGAAGAACACGAUCACAGCCUCCAUGAAGUUCUGGAACGGAUCAAGAUGUACGGUUUUCAUCUGAGGAUCGAAAAAUGUCGAUUUGGCCUAUCGCAAAUCAAGUUUCUAGGUCAUAUAAUCGACAAAGGCGGCUUACGACCUGAUCCAGCGAAGACUACCGCAAUUUCGCAGAUGCCAGCUUCAAUGAACGUAUCACAGCUUCGAUUGUAUCUUGGAGCUAUCAAUUAUUAUGGGCGUUUCGUCAAGCAGAUGAAGGAGCUGAGAGCACCCAUGGACUACUUGCUGAAACAAAACGUCAAUUGGGAAUGGACUGCAAGCUGCCAGAAGUCAUUCGACAAGUUCAAAACGCUGCUCACUUCCGACUUGUUGCUGACGCACUUCGACCCGAACAAGGAAAUCAUCGUAGCAGGUGAUGCAUCCAAAGACGGCUUGGGCGCUGUUAUUAUGCAUCGCUUCCCGGAUGGAUCAGUGAAGGCAAUUUCGCACAUUUCAAGAUCACUGACCCCUGCAGAGAAAAAUUACGGCCAGAUCGAGAAAGAAGCUUUGGCGCUGAUUUUCAACAUCAAACAUCAAGAGAUCCUGUUCUCCAAUCGGUGGUGUUCCAUAUCAAUGAAGGAUGGCCCAAGUAUUCCAAGGAAAUUGAUGAUCCAGUUGUUCAACAAUUCUUCACUCGCCGAGACAGUCUGCAGAUCGUUCAAGGUUGCAUCAUGUUCGGCGAUAGAGUCGUUGUGCCAGACCGUUUUCGCAAACGCAUUCUCCACCAACUGCAUCGAGGCCAUCCAGGAAUGGAGCGGAUGA